AUGGGGCGGUGGCUGGCGGUGCUGGUGCUGUGGCUGGCGGUGGGGUGUGCGGGAGGGAAGCUGCCCACCUUCCCGAGCAUCACGGACAAGACCUUCAUCAAGGACUGCUUGCGCGGCCACAACAACUGCCGCGCCAGAGUCAGGCCCUCCGCCAGCAACAUGCGGUACAUGACUUGGGAUGCAGCCUUGGCAAGGACUGCCAGGGCAUGGGCAAAUAAAUGCCGUUUUCAACAUAAUGUACACUUAGGUCAGAAAUUUCAGUGCCAUCCUAAUUUUACAUCUGUUGGAGAGAAUAUUUGGCUUGGAAGUUAUCAAGCAUUCACUACCGUUGGUGCCAUUGAAUCGUGGUAUAGUGAGGUCAGAUUCUAUACUUUUGAGACACGCAAAUGUACAAAGGUUUGCGGUCAUUACACUCAGGUUGUUUGGGACCAUUCCUACAAAGUAGGCUGUGCUGUUACUCUUUGUAAGAAAGUUGGAGGAAUGAAAAAUGCAGCACUUUUUGUAUGUAACUAUGCACCCAGUGGUAAUUUUCCAAGAAAACCUUAUACAAGAGGAGCAUCAUGCAGUAAUUGCGCAAAAGGAGACACCUGUGAAAAUAAAUUGUGUAGAAAUCCACAACGUGAUAAGGUUAUCUAUUAUUCAAGAUGGAAUCCCCCGUGGGAGUUCAGAAUUGUAUGCGAUGAGGCUUGUAUUGCUCUUGCAGUUUUGAGACCAUCAGUGAUGUUUCUUGCUUUUGCAGCUGUUUAUUUUAUAAAAAAGUGUUUUAUAAACAUGCAUAUGUCCACAUAACUCGAUUUGAAAUACAUACCAUCUCCUCAAGAUACUGUCUAGUGAAUUAAGCAAAA